UUGUCUUCGGCUUUCGCGUACCGUCGAGUCUUAUCGCCACCACCGCGCGGGUGUCGUUACAGCGUCGUCGUCGUCACCAUCCGCGCGCUGCCUAGUGAUCACCGCUUCUUGCCCGACUGCUCGACAUUGCGUCUCUACAGCCCAACUAGUGUUUAGUCGGUCAACGAAAGAGAAAGUGGCCGCACGUAGUUCGAACCGCACGCAGGCGAUUCACGCACACACUCCUCGCACACCUGUGACGAAGUACAAAUCGUUAAAUUAAAACAAUUUUCGCAUCCAUUAAAUCUGUUAUGUUUUAAUCCGCCUUUUUUUUUUUUUUCCCCCGUUACUUAUCGUUUCACUCGUCGGAUCCACGCGGUUGGAGUCUGGUAAAUUCGUCAACCGAUUCUUACGCCGUGGUCAGACCGUAUCGAAAGUAAUAUUUUUUUUUCGGACAUAUUAGUCACAUUUCCUGUCUGCGUAUUUCAUGUGUUUCAUGGUAUGGUAUUAAAUUGAAUGGCUCCUCGGAAGAACACUAUGGGCUUCAACGGCAUCGGACAUUUCGCCGACUUAUUUUUAAUGGCCCAAAACAACAACUACAUCACCAAUCACGGAUGUGGCAGUAAUACUCUGGACAAGCAGAAUUUCACAAUGACAUCUCGGCAGCAAGAGUGCAGUUGCUGUGUACCGACUGGUGAUUGUCUCAUGAGAUCGUUGCCGGUGCGUCUGGACGAUGUUAGGGCCGGUGAUUUGUAUGUGAAGGUAACUUGUGUGGGUGGUUGUGCCAUUGGACAGUACAUGCAUCGAGAGUGUUACGACAAUUGGGAACGUCUAGUUACUGCUUAUGUCAAAGGGAGCCGUUCAUCCGUUGAUCUUUGGUCUAAUAACAAUAAUAACGUUUUGGUCAAUAAUAACAACGUGUUGGGCGGAAGCAAAAAAGGAAUGGACAUGGCUUUCAAAGCUUGCACAUGUCGUUGUGGGCACGGUUUCCUUAAAAGAGAUCAAGAUUGGCCUCAAAUAUCGAUUGCCCGUAGGCCUUCUUCGUUGGCGACCGUCGAUCAAGAACGUUCGUCGCCGUCCAAAAAGAAGAAGCGCCGACAACAGCAGCAACCUAAACAGUUUACUCAGACCGAUUACACUUUCGGCGAAUUACGUCUCAGAACUGGUAGCUUGUCCUCUUCGUCCAAUGGUUCUAGUUCUCCUGUGACUGGCAGUUCGAAUUCAAACAGCGCUUCCCCGGCUCACUCUGGAACAUUCUCAGCCAUCGGUUCCAAAAAACGCGUCAAAGAUGUUUUUGAAAGGCAGUCGUCCAUGAACGGUAACGGAAUUUUUUGUCGCCGUUUGGAUUUCAGCACUUUCAACAGACUUCCUCGGCACAUGCUCAAUUCCUAUCACGUUAAGAUUGAAGACGAGGGCAAUCACGGCAACGAUGAAACAAGAUCUUUUAUAUUGUCGUCUCUAGCAGCUCAAAAUCAAUCGCGAGUUAACUGUGUGCUUUGCUCUGAUGUCAUGUUGGUAUUUGACAGAUAUCCUUUAGUGGACGGAACAUUUUUCCUCAGCCCUAAGCAGUACAACAAAAAUGCCGUCGAGGUUAAAAAUGAAGGAAGAGCAUUAUUUUUAAAUGCAGUGUGUAUGAAAUGUUUGGAUGGUAAAGAUGCUGACAGAAAAUUAUGUUGUCGGUUUUGCGCUACUCAGUGGGAUGGAUCUUCACUCAUCAUGGGUACCAUGUAUUCAUAUGAUGUAUUUGCCGCUAUGCCAUGUUGUAAUGAACACCUAAAGUGUAAUAGUUGUCAGAAAGCAAUGAUGAUGCCACACCAGCGAUUGAACUUCUACAGCGACUAUAGUCGCAAAGUAACUUGUCCUCAUUGCUCGUCAGUAGACUACCACUUUGUCAAGCCUCUCGCUUUGUACUAUACUCGCCAGUGGCCAUAACAUACAGCCAUGGUCCCGGCGGCUUCAGCUGGGGCCGGUGUCCGUUCUCAAAUGACGGCCGCCGCCACCGUAACUAACACUGCGGUGCUCCAACAACAACCUCCAGAUUAUACAUCCGUUGCAAUUGAAAAGUUGCUUCAUUCCAUAUGGGAUACAAAAGUCAAUGACAUAAUGGACGCCAUCAAUCACUUGGGCUUAGUAUAAAAAAAUCAGUACAAGUAACAAGACAACUUUCCUUAUUUGCAAAACGAGUCGUUUUUUGUAUUUUUAUUUUGUUCAUCAUUUUUUUUUUUUUUUUUUUUUUUAAAACUAUUAACGCAUUCAUUGAUAUUUAUGUAGUGUAUAUUCAUGUAGGGUCCCAUUAAUAGACAAUUGAAUCAUAAAUUUAAACAUUUUUCACUAAUGUAAAAAGUUUUCAAUGCUUAUAAAGGUAAAAAUAAUUCUAGUCAGGCGCGCAUAAAUUUAAUAAAGGUAAUACGAUUUCACAGCCCUUUAGAAGAAUAUUAAAUAAGUAAUAUUCCUUUUUUAAAUAGUUUUUCGAUUAGUCCAAUAUUUAAUGUUUGUGUCAAACCUUUUUAAUUUAUAACUUGAGCUUAUCGACAGUUGGAGUAUUUUCCUAGUAUAUGCUCUCUCAUAUAAAAUGUACAUAGAUUUAGUCUUAAUUAUAAAAGUUCUUUUUCUUAUGGUGAUUUUGGAGAGUAAAGGAGAUGAUGAUGGAUGGUGUGAUCAUAUAAUUAUUCUGUUGUCGAUUUGUCGAUUUUCAGUAAUUUUUAUUCUUAGAACAACAGUACAAUUAAUUUAUAUACGUAGAGUACAAUAAAUUUAAAAAAAAUAAUAUAUUUGAGCUGUAAUCUAUACGAUAACUUUAUUUACAUACUAUACAUGUGAUUAGACUUUCUUGUUCAGAUGCUCAAUAACGCACUACCUCUUGUUUUGUUAAUCAAUCAUAAUAUAAUUUAUAAGUUGAUGACAAAACAACAAUUAUAAAAAUAAAGUUAAUGAAUAAUGUAUAACAUUAUUUUUUGCGGAUAACUUUAACGAAUCAGAAAAAUGGUAUACGGAUUUUUUCUUUAGUUUGACGAUACUCGGGGGGUGCAAAAAUAAAUAAAAUAGUUGUUUUAAUAAAAUAUACCUCAGCUUACCCCGAGUUUUUGUAAAGUUUUUUUAUGAUAAAAUUCUUCUUUUUAGUUAAUUUUAACCCAUUUUUAGACCAUGUUUAAUUUUAAUUUAUUUACAUUUUUUUUAUUUAUUAUUUUAUAUUGUUAAUACUUUUUAAUCGUGAUUUUUAUGCUUUAUGUUUUGUUAUUAUGCACUAAUAGUACAACAUUAAACAAAUUAUGUUUUUAAUGAAUAAUUAUUUAUAGUCUAAAUGAGUAGAAAUAUAAAUUUUAAAGAAAGGAACGGAACGUACAAAUGGGAACACUUCAUUGAUGAUACUAGCAAUAUUAUCUAUAAUGUGGUUUUUAUUAUCGGCGGAGUAUUAAAACUUUAUUAAACAAAUUAAAAUUACUUUUAGGUGUUUUUCUAUACUUUGUCGCCGUAAGUUAUGUUAUUUCUUUAUUCGUUUGACAUUUUUACUCCGGCAUGUUUAUGUCUGUACCUGUUCAAAUAAAAAAUAAAAUUAUGAUUAUGAUUAACAUUUAUAUAAUUUUAUACAAUUAUAACUUGUUACAGCGCAUUUGUUAGUGUAGAUAGUGUUACAUAUAAUGCUAAACAAACUUAGCCAUCUGGUAUAUUAUAAUCGCUAUUUAGAAGUAUAAAUGAUUUGUAUAGAAGUGUAUAUUCUUAUCUUAUUAUAAAACUUUAAUAGGUAUGUAAUGGAUUUUUAGGUGGUGUAUAUCGAGUUAAGAUUUUUAAGUGUUUUUUUAGAGUUUGGCGUGAUUUGUAUUUUGUAAUGGUUAAGAUUUAAAGUAUAAAAUAAGAAAAAGAGAGAGGGUGUCUCCUAUAAAAUAAGAAUUUUUAUUAUUUAUUUCUCACUUGGACAUGUUUUUUUUUUCUUAAAAGAAUAACAUUUUAGUUUUGUAUCUAGUCAAGUCGAAAUUAAUGUAUAAAAGUAUAAAAAUAAUUCGAACUACCUAUUUUAUAGUUUCUACACAUUUUGUUUUUUUUAUUAGCACUUUUUGUUAGUAUUUUUAUUUUAGUUAAUUUUUUUUUUUUUGCGUGUAUUUUUAGCAAUAGAAUGAAUUUUAGUGAUGGUAUCAUGUAUUUUUAUUUCUUAAAUUUAUAUUAAAUAAUCUAACAAAAGAAGUGAUGCUAGAAUAGUGUGAAUCAAUAAAAGUUAAAAAAUUAUAUUUCAAUUACAUAACAGCUUAAAAAAUGAUCGAAAAUUGAUAUGGAUAAACUAAUGGAUACAAAAUGUUGGAUCUAAAUUACGUUUAUUUGUUUGAUUAAUGUAAAUUAUCUACUCAACAAUGUGUUCAAAAAUAAAAAUAUUAAGUAAUAUUCAAUUUAUUUCGUUCGAAUAUAAUUAUUUACUAUGAUUGAAAUAAAUCCAGGGUAAAAAAUAAGUAGCCAAUAAUUAUUCUCCCUGUGACUUAAAUAAUCAAGCUCAGUCUGAAUGUACUCCUUAAUCGUAAUUAAUUAAUUUAAUUAAUGGAAUCAUGUAUACGUAAAAAUAUAAUGUGGUAAUUAAUAGUCUGUUAUCGCUUAAAUUCUAAUAAAACACUGACUUACACGUGUCUAAACAAAUUCGAAUAUUAAAACGAUUUCUUUUUAAUUUUAUACUCAUUUUUUUUUUUUUUUACUACUUGAUAAUAUUGUACUUAAUCAAUUGAACACAAUUUAUUUUUUAUUUUUCCUGAUUUUGGAAAUUUUAUUUUGGA